AUGAAGCUGUUCGUUGAGACUCAGAGUGGCUCAUUGUUCGAGAUUGAAGUGGAUCACAAAGAUACACUGUCAGAGGUCAAACAAAAGAUCGAGAAGUCUCAACGUAUCCUUGUUUCCAAACAAACCCUUCUCUUCGACGGCAUGGUUCUUCAAGACGAUCUUGACAUCGAACAAUGCCAGAUCGUCCACGAAUCUCGUCUCCAACUCUUCGUUUCUCCUGACCACAACCAAACCGAGCAAUCUCCUCCACCGUCAAACUCAACAGAAGAACAGAUCAUCGACGGUCAUGAUCAAGAUUUAACGACUGUGACGGUUCAAAACGAUCAAUCUCCACUGCCAAACACAACAGAAAAUGUCAUCGACCCUUAUCAAGAUUCGACUGUGCCGACUCAAGUGCCUCAAACCGAGCAAUCUCCAUCGUCAAACUCAGUCGAAGAGAUGAUCACUAACAUUCAAGAUUCGUCUGUGAAGGAGAGGAUCCGGAACAAGAGGAUUGUUGUAUACGUUUCGCCGUAUUCAGGUGAGAGUAAAGCUGCCAAGGAGAUUCCGGUGGCUGUGAGUGUGAAGAUGAACGAUGACGUGAAAGAACUGAGGAACGAGUUGAUUAAGAUUGAAGAGAGGGGUGAGUUGAUUCUGCCGGAAGAAGGUUAUUUUCUUAUACACAAAAACAGAGUAUUGAACGAGAAUCUCUCAUUCUGGGUGGUUGGUGUUGAUCACGAAGAUACAAUUCAGAUCCUCCCUACACAUCUUACUCGUGGCUCUUUUAACCUUGACUCUUAA